UAUACCUGACAGGAAACUGAAACCAGCGGAAUUCAAGCUGACAGAACAAACCAGAGGAAUAGAAAUCAGAGGACUUGCUUUUGAAUCCAUUCCUUCUCUGUAAUUGAAAAUGAGCAGCCGACGGCGGCGAUGCAAGCGUCAGUUGAUCAAGUUUACUCAGCAUAUUGCUCGAUUAAUCACAGGAACUCUGAACUCAGAUAAUGAGGACGAAGAACAAGAGAGCACAACGGUGCGGUAUCACCCGGAAAAUCUGGAGCAUCUGCAGUCGCAGACCCAUUUCUCCAGACAAGAGCUGCAGUUACUCUAUAGAGGAUUCAAGAAUGAUUGUCCAAGUGGAGUUGUGAAUGAGGACACAUUUAAAAACAUCUAUGCUCUGUUCUUCCCACUGGGAGAUUCUGCGAAAUAUGCUCAGUUUCUUUUCAAUGCAUUUGAUAAAGAUAAGAAUGGCUCUCUUAGUUUUGAGGAGUUGGUCUGUGAUCUCUCAGUUUUGUUGAGAGGCACUACUGAAGAGAAGCUGAACUGGGCCUUCGAUCUAUAUGACAUCAACAAAGAUGGACAGAUUACUAAAGAGGAAAUGUUAGAUAUAUUAAAGUCUAUUUAUGAUUUGAUGGGGAAAUCUAUCCAUCCACGAUUUAAAGAGGAGGCAGUAAGGCAACACGUCAGAAUGUUCUUCCAAAAAAUGGACAUAAACCAGGAUGGUGUAAUAACUAUUGAUGAAUUCAUUGACUGCUGCCAAAAAGAUGAAAAUAUAAUGCAGUCUCUUAAGAUUUUUGACAAUGCAGUCUAGAUGUUGGUCAGGAAAUCCACCCUAAGCACAUUUCUAGAUAAAUAACAAAUGUUAUAAUGCCAGCUUUUCUGUGCUGCUGUUCUGGGCUGCUCUUUACAGCUCCAGAUUGUCUUUUGUGAACUGACUGCUGAAUGUAUAAGUACCUUGGUAGAAAUUUGGGACUCUCGUUUGAUGCAAAUGUAAGUGCAAUGUUACUUGUAAAACACAACAUCAGUGUAAUUGUAUACUCACUGUAUCACACAUUUUGUUUCACAACUGAAACCUAAACACUCUUGGUAUAUACUUGGGUAGAGAUUCAAAGCACCUUUAACCCAAACCUUUUUAAUAUUUAAUAAAUAAUUUAUGGUAGACUAGGAUUACUUCUCAAGAUCAAGCUAGAACCAUGUUACUCAAGUGGGCACCUGCUUUUCCUUACGUCAAAUGCGCACAUUGUUUAGGAAGUACACCAGAUUUUUCAGCCAAAAACUUGUGAUGAGGUAAUGUCUUUAACUUUUUUUGUUUAUUUAAUUUUAUUUUGAUUACUUGUAUAUGAUGAAAAAGUGGUCUUUUAAUUACAUUUUAAUUCAUAAUAUUUUUAUAACACCAUUCAAUAACCAGCAACAGGUCUAUUUUUUUAUUUUUAUUUA